GGCAAAAGCAGGGAAUGGUGAGUCCACAGUGAGGUUCAGGAAGCAGGUAACGACCUGCAGUUAUUCUAGUCCAAUCCAAGGCUCUAAGUUCUCAAAUUUCCUAAGAACGCAGUGAUAGAGGCCAUAUCCCAAGGUUAAUCUCUCAAGCACCAAAAAUUCUGCAGCCCAGUAGGAGUCAGCUCCGUGCACAUCACAAGACUUGGAGGAAACCAACUCACUCUCCCAUUUCCUCCUACAAAGUUGAAAAAGCUGCAGUUGGGAAGGACCCUCAGAUAGCUCUGGUGGUCCUUUCUGUUCCUUUUGGAGUUGACAUUUGAAAGUGUCAGAGGACAAAAAUCAUCAUCACAUAUUCUCCUUUCAUACUCUUUAAGUCACAGGAAAAGGCAGCCUUGAGAAAAAGACUGAUCCAAAAUGACAACAGCUCAAUUUGAUUGUCAAUACUGCACAGCAUCACUUCUUGGGAAGAAGUAUGUACUAAAGAAUGACAAUCCAUAUUGUGUUUCAUGUUACGAUCGUAUCUUUUCUAACUAUUGUGAGGAGUGCAAAGAACCAAUCGAAUCAGGUUCCAAGGAUCUUGGUUACAAAGGCCGACACUGGCAUGAAGCAUGCUUCAACUGUGCCAAAUGCAAUCACUCUUUGGUGGAAAAGCCUUUUGCUGCCAAGGAUGAGCGCCUGCUGUGCUCGGAGUGCUACUCUAAUGAGUGCUCCUGCAAGUGCUUCCACUGCAAGAGGACCAUCAUGCCUGGUUCUUAUUUGGGGUGGCACAGGUUCCCGCAAAAUGGAAUUUAAGGGAAACUACUGGCAUGAAACCUGCUUUGUGUGUGAGCAUUGUCGACAGCCAAUAGGAACUAAACCUUUGAUUUCCAAAGAGAGUGGCAAUUAUUGUGUGCCAUGUUUUGAGAAGGCGUUUGCUCAUUACUGCAGCUUUUGUAAGAAGGUGAUAACAUCAGGUGGGAUAACGUUUCGUGACCAGCCGUGGCAUAAAGAGUGUUUUCUGUGCAGUAGCUGUAGGAAAGAGCUCUGUGAAGAAGAGUUUAUGUCCAGGGAUGAUUAUCCAUUCUGUCUGGACUGCUACAAUCAUCUUUAUGCCAAAAAGUGUGCAGCCUGUACCAAGUCUAUUACUGGUCUCAGAGGUGCCAAAUUUAUCUGCUUUCAAGACCGCCAGUGGCACAGUGAAUGCUUUAACUGUGGAAAGUGCUCGGUCUCCCUUGGGGGGGAAGGCUUCCUGACCCAGAACAAGGAAAUCUUCUGCCGCAAAUGUGGCUCUGGAUUGGAAACUGACAUCUAGAGGGAGAAGAGCCCUUCCUCACUUGAAAUCCACCUUGCUUUUGUUCUCACUAAAUCCAGACCUUGCUUGAAGUAGUAUUUCUGACUUAUGUUUCAGCACAUUUUAAUGCAGCGUUUAUAGCAGGAGGAUUUUUGCACACACACACACCGAUUGAACUGUAUCAUAAGAGCUCAGAAAAGCAGUCAAACAGGAAUGAACAUAUCCUAACUCACAAAGGCAUCUCUCCUUGCAAAAUACUGCACUCUGCUGUUAAAAACAUAGGAGAAUAUCGCCUUAUUGCAAUCAAACAUAUGACCUAUACCUAGAAGUAUGGAUGUUAUUACCAAAGACUGAUGUUUUUAAAACUGCAGAGUAAAAAAGGAAAUUAAGAGAUUAAAUUGACAGGCACAUGUGAAGCUAAUGUUUGCAUUCCUAGCUAGCUAGUUAUAUAUAAAGUGAUAGACUGGCUAUUGUUGGUAGAAGAACAAAACUGAUCAGAAAAACUGAUCAGUAAUCCUCCUAUUUGAGAAUUCUGCCCCUUUAUCAUUCUUUUAUUCACACAUACUGACUUGGAGCUGCAAAACAAAACUGCAGUUUGCCCUCCUAUAUGCUGCUUCCAGAGCUAGCUGGCUCCACGUUUAACAAAUGGAAAUGAGAAUUUGGACACUGUGGCUCUCAUACUCUGCAUGGUUAUGAAGGGAGAGUCUUCUCUACCUGGGGAUAGUUAAAGCCUAGGUUUCAACACAUGUUGCACCAAAUGCAUUUUCAAAGCCCACAUGAUUUUUCUAAAUACUUAACAGAUUCCAUGAAAGAGAAGUCUAUUCUCUCAAAUGAGCUAACUGGGGUAAUCAUUGUCCCCAAAGGCAAACCUUUAAAGUAAAUAGAUCAUUAAGUCAUCACUUGUGGAAAUGAGUUUUAGGAAAGGGAUUGAGUGAUGGAACAUGACUUUCAUCCCGAUAUCUGCAGGCAUAAUAGAAUGCAUAAUUACCUCUGAGCUUCAUGCAUUUUGCCUUCUAAAAUUACACAGAUGAUUAAUGAGAAGACAUGAAAGUGGGCUUUGACAGAAUUUAGUAAUGAUAAGAAGUGAGAAAAAAUAAUUCACUGCUGAUAAUGCUGGACCUAUAAAGCAAUACCACAGACCAAUAUGGGCGGUAGAUGAGCCCUCCCCACUGUUGCACCACACCUGUGCCACCCCCCUCACCCCAUGCCAACCAUGUCCCAAGAGUUCCAACCUCCUGCAUGGCCCACAGGUUCCCUCCCAUCCCUGAGCAGCCAUUCUACAAAUAAGUCAGUGUUUAUCGGUCACAAGAGAAGAAACAGCCUUAAUGAAAAGUUUAUCACCAUAUGCAUGUCGUUCUGCCAGACAUCAACUAAUGAUCGCCCUACCGAGCUGCAAUAUUUUCCACAUUAUGAGGGACAAAUGGAAAGCAAACUCUUUUCUCCAUGGUCAAUUACUGUCUAUGUUAUAGUGUCACUUAGGUGGAGUAGAGGGAGGUCAGAAGAAAGCUACGCGGACGUAACAUUUUUAUAAGUGUCUACUUUCAGAUUACUGCCUAGCACUAAAGGUUCUGAUUGAAACCUAAUUAUAUGAUGUAGCUGAUUACAGUGAUUAAAAUAGUAUCACAGGAGAUGCAAUUAAAAUUGUUAUGGAAACACAAUUUUUGAAAUAGUUCAAAUGCAAGGACGUUGGAGAUGCUAACAAUUUACAGUUGCUAAUAAAAGGUCAGGCUACAAAGGCUGUUUGAAAGAUAUAACUGUCUUUUUUUGUGUAUGUGUAGUAACAACACCAAGAUAACUUUUCACAUUCACAGUGUAAGACGUAGGCAAAACCGUCAAUAUUUUUCCUGCAUUGUUUGAAAUUGCACAUAUAGAACUAAACACUCCAAUUGUUCUCUGAUCCAGAACAUAAUAGUGCAUUAUAUGUUUAGAAAACCAAGCCCUUUUAAAAGGUCUGGAUAAAUAUAUGAUAUGUAACAUUGUCUCAGUUAACCAGUUACAGAAAAACAUGCAAAAUGUGAUGAAUUUUCUAAGUUAAACAAUGAGUAAUGUUUAAGCAUUUCGCUUUGUGUAUGGGCAAGUAUGCACGUGGUCAGGUUUGCAUUCUAUCUGUACAAUUAAAAUUUACAGAAUCAUUUCUGAGAUAGAGAUUCUUUUCUCAUAUCUGAGAUAUUCGUUUCUCCUUUGAUACAUAUACUUAAAUAUAUAUACUUUCACAUAUAAAUAAUUUCAUAUUUAGAAUUUAGCUUCAUUAUCAGAUAUGUAUUGUACCAUGCACAGAGUUGGAGCUCAAACCGUUGUGGUUCUGGGGUGGUGGGAGAUCAAGUUAUGGAAAUGCGAGAUUGCCAGAUAUAGAAAUCUUCCCUAGAGCUGAAAAACAGUGCCACUGUGGACGUAAUAUACAUAUGCAAAACUAUGAAGAAAGAAGACCUCAUUAGACUGCCAUACACACAAAGAUAUAAGUACUGUAUACUGUAAUUGAUUUUGGGUCAGUAAAGAGAAAAGCUCUCUGACCUAUCCAGAGAUGGAAUAGACUGCCUCAGGAAGCAGUGGGCACCCAGUGAUUCAAGGAGUGACAUGUGCACGGGCAGGAAAGCAGUUAGAAGCCAAUCCUGUGUGCUAAUAACAACCAGAUGGCUUGGAAGUAGCAGAGAGACUGUGCCAAAGAGCAAGAAGAAAUGAGAGAGCUAAAAAGAGAAAAGGUCAGAUGAAGACAGAAUAUUAAUUCUGAGGAUAAAAGCUGUAUAUGUGAUAUGACAGAGACUAGAAAGUGACUAACUGCUCUCAAGAGAGGAGAAAAGCAUUAUGCCUGUGUUUGAGGAACAUUAUGCUAAUGAUUCUGUAUGGCCUAGAACUGAAGGGGGCAGGAUUUCAAAAGCUAAGUCUCUUAAUGCAGUAACACAUUUGGUGAGUGGCCACAGAAAAGAAAGAAGGAGCAAUGGGUAAUGCAAGCCAAGAGCUAUCGAUGAGAAUACAAGUCAAUGAAUCAAAAUAUUUUAUGUUAGCAUGUUAGGAUUAAAUAUAAUAAAGUUAAACAAAAGAAUUUGUUUCCAUAAUAAUAGGUAGGGUACACAAGGUUUCAAUUUUCACUUAACAAGAUCAUAAACAUGUUAUAUUGGAACAGUCCAGGUUCAUUGGUUAAGUGAAGUAUGACAGAGUACCAUCCUGGAUUCAGAAUGUACCCAGUCACUGUAACUUUAAAAGGAACAUUAAGAAAAGAAAGAACAUUAAGUUACACAUUGGAAUGAAAGAUUGGCCAACCACUGUAAAAAUGCAUGAUGCUGUCACAAAUGGUGGUGGUUAAAAAUUGUUGCAAAACAUAGAACCACAAAUAAAAAAUAAAACCUAAUAACAUAUCUCUGAUAUUAGUGACACCAGUUUUGAAUUUAAGAAAAAAGGUAUUUUUUAAUCUACUUGGUAUACUGAUAAUCAUAUUUUAAAUAAGAAAAUGAUUGUUAGAGUAUGUUUCAGAUAUAUUUAAGUGAGCACAUAAAUUAUUCUCAAAUAAUUUAGAUAGAUAUUUACUAUUGUAAUAAUAUAGUUUUUACCUAUUUUUACAAAUUGUCAUUUUCAGAAGUUUCUUAUGCUGAAUAAAUUUGCACAAUACUCAUUCCUCAA